AUGGCCGCCACGUUUCUCUCGGCUUCUCCGUCUUCUGUGGCCACCUUUUGCUGCGCUCCCAAGGCCAUAAGCAACUCUCACCAACUCGGCAGCCUCUCGGCCAUUGGUGGCGGACUAAGACUCAUGCCAAAGAUCCGAAUCACUGAGGCAGCAAGAAGAGUAUUGCCAGUUGCACCAGGUUACUCCAAGACCACAAUCACAUGCUCUGUUGCCCAGCCAGAGACUCUUAAAACUGUCCAGAGCGUCAUCUCGAAGCAGCUCUCGGUCGAUGAAAGCACUGUGGCUCCUGAGACCAAGUUUGUAGAUUUGGGAGCUGAUUCUCUUGACACUGUUGAAAUCAUGAUGGCAUUGGAAGAGAAGUUUGGAGUGUCAAUCGGCGAAGGAGGAGCUGAGAACAUCGCAACCGUUCAGGAUGCUGCCGAUCUGAUUGAGAAGAUGAAGGCAGCCUCAGCAUAA